AUGGGCCGGGAGGAGGUUGCCAAUGUCCUUUCUACAGGAUUGGGAAUCUUCCUGAUCAUCUUAGGUCUGGUGUUCCUUGUGGGAAAUUUAGGAAAUGGAUUCCUAGCCUUGGUGAAUGGUGUGGAUUGCGUCAGGAGGAGAAAGAUCUCUUUCACUGAUCUCAUUCUCCCUACCCUGGGAAUCUGUAGACCAACUUCUCCAACUCCUUUUUCCUUUCUAAAGUGGAGAGUUCGAAGAGUGAUUUCCUUGAUGAUUCUGGGCUCUCUCGUCAUCUUGUGCAUCAAUGGUUUUCUGGUGAACACAGCUAUCAACCUCGCCAUAUCCUUAAUAGGCUUUGUCCUGCUUAUCUUCUCUCUGUGGACACAAUGUAAGAAGAUGCAGUACUGUGGCCAGGGUCUCCGAGAUGCCAGCACCACCGCCCACGUGAGGGUCUUGGACACAGUGAUUGCCUUCCAUUUUCUUAAAGAUACGCGCAAGCACGAGUGA